AGCGGGUAUCAUCAUAUCCUGCUAAUCCGCGUCAUUUUCUCUUCCACAGUGAUGCGUUGUUACACGGUCGUUGUUGGUCCUCCUCACAUUCAGCGGAUUUGCUGGCUUGGUGUUACUCGUUCGUGCCGGGCGUGCGGGCGCAUGGCACACAACUGCGCAUGUCACCGCGCAAGACAAGAGGAACGUGGGGCUUUCAACAGCUCCCCCCAGCUUGUGCAGAGGACGAGUACCGCGCCUGGCUGGUGAGCGAGUUGCCCGUUCACGCAGCCACCAAGUACCGCGAGUAUUUGGACAAUUCGGCGUGGAUGGCCAAUUUGUGGAUCGGCUGGUCGCUAGAGUUCUUCGUGGAGCUCUUCGCCCACCUCCACAAGGGGCAAGACACGAAAGCGGGGGUGGACCUGGCGUACAAGCAGACGCUGUCCAAGCACCACAACAUUCGCGUCCUGCAGCGCACCGCCUUCUCGGCCGCGGUGAAGAAGCUACCCAGCCCCGGGCACCUGCUCGAGCGUCUGCGAGGCGACGGCGCCUCGGCGGAGGACGUCUCGCGGGACCUGGCCGCCUUCGUCGCGCUCGGCCACGCCAUCGCGCGGUGCUGCUCGCAGGUCAACGAGGCCGAGGGCCUGGGGAGAGCGCCGCCCCCCGUCCUCCCCCCUCCGCUCCGCCCUCCCCCAUCCCUCCCCGCCUCCAAUCUCCCGUCGGCCCUCCUCGGCCUCGUCGUCUCCCCUUCCCGUCCUCCUCCUCCCCCGUCUUCUUCUCUCCCCCACUCCCUCCUCUCCCGUCCUCUUCCUCUCCUCUCCCCCACUCCCUCCUCCCCGUCCUCUCCCGUCAUCUCCUCUCCCCGAUCCUUAUGUUCCCGAGAGUUGGGGCUGUCUUGUUUUGAUAUCGGAGCCGAGAGAGGAGACUGACAGCCCACCCCGUUCUGACCACGGCCUCCGACUUGCCCCCCAAGAAAUGAGCACGGUGUUCAGUCUCGCAGGGCUAGUCUUCUGGAUCUGGGGCCGUCAGCAUUCGACUCGGGUGAAUCACUCCCCGAGGAUGAGGCGGGGAUGAGAAGGCAGUCCCCA